AUGGCGUCCCAGGAUGGCCUACGCAGGGGCCGUGGAGGCACACGCCUGAGCCUCCACUUCCUGAUCUGGCUUCAGCUUCUUCAGCCCCUGCUCAGUGAGCCAUACCGACCCGAGAAGGAUUCCAGAGUGAACCUGGCAAGCCCAGAAGCCCGGACACCUCCUGUGCACCCGAAAUUCCCAAAAAUUCCAGAAACCUCUGUAGCUCCAGGGACUUCAGCGCCCGCAGGGCCUCCAGGAUCCUGGGUUACUUCAGCAUCUACAGUGGGAGAAGCCUUGGAAUCCGACAGGAUCUCUGACCUUGGAAGUCCCCUCUCUUUACUGAGCCCACCAGCCUGUGGCCACCGUGUUUCAAGGAUAAUUGGAGGAUUGCCAGCCCUAAACAGGAAGUGGCCCUGGCAGGUGAGCCUCCAGACCGAAGACAAACACCUCUGCGGAGGCUCCCUCAUCGACAGGCGCUGGGUGCUCACUGCUGCCCACUGUGUCUUUAGUGAUUUGGAAUACAAGGUGAAGCUGGGAGACACUGACUUGAAUGCUGGUUCCAAAAACGCACUGGUGAUCCCUGUUGAAGACAUCAUUUUUCCUAGCAAUUUUGAUUUUGCCAGUUUGACAAACGACAUUGCCCUUGCUCUGCUUGCCUACUCUGUGAAUUAUUCCUCACACAUCCAGCCUGUGUGCCUCCCGGAAAAACUUUUUGAAGUGGAAACUGGGACAGAGUGCUGGGUGACUGGAUGGGGCCGAGUGUCAGAGAGUGAGCCAUUUGUUCUUCAGGAGGCUGAGCUAAACAUUAUGCGUCAUGAGCAAUGUCGUGAGAUGAUCAAGAAGAAGAGUGUAGCCAAGAGUAAAAUGGUCACGAGGGGGACCGUCUGUGGCUAUAAUGACCAAGGGAAGGAUUCUUGUCAGGGAGAUUCUGGGGGGCCCCUGGUCUGUGAAUUAAAUGGCACAUGGUUCCAGGUGGGGAUUGUGAGCUGGGGUGUUGGCUGCGGUCGCAAAGGAUACCCUGGAGUUUACACAGAAGUUAGUUUCUACAAGAAAUGGAUUAUUGAUCACCUGAGACAAGCUUCCUGUCUGAAUUCAGCAGACUCCCUCAUCCUAGUCCUGUGUCUGAUGAUGCCCCUGGGCAUCCUGGUGACCCCGUGA